AUGGCCCCCUCAGACUUUGCCAAAGCGAAUAUCCCGGAGCUCGUGGCGCAGUUGACCACCGACGAGGCCAUCCAACUCUGUGCCGGUGUCGGUUUCUGGCACACACACGCGAUCCCGCGACUUGGAGUACCCGCGAUAAAAGUUAGCGAUGGACCAAACGGUAUCAGAGGAAAUCACUUUCUCAUGGGCACACCCGCCAAAUGUCUUCCUGCCUCAACUGCUCUUGGGUCAACAUGGGAUCCGGCACUCGUCUACCAAGUGGGUCUGAAGCUCCUCGCUCCAGAAGCGAAGCUCCGCGCGGCUUCCGUCAUUCUAGCCCCGACGUGUAACAUUCAGCGCAAUCCACUCGGUGGUCGAAGUUUUGAAAGCUUCUCGGAAGACUCCUACCUCUCUGGACUGAUCACUGCCGCGUAUAUAAACGGUGUCCAGGCAGGGGGCAUCGGUGCGACUGUCAAGCACUUCGUUGGCAAUGAUAAAGAAAAUGACCGAAUGGCGUACGAUAGCAUCAUGAGCCAGCGAGCCCUUCGCGAGGUCUACUUGAUGCCCUUCAUGUUGGCCGAGAAGCUAGCAAAACCCUGGGCUUACAUGACCGCCUACAAUCGUCUCAAUGGAACGCACAUGUCCGAGAACCCGGAAAUCUUGCAAAAGAUCCUUCGAGACGAGUGGAAAUCGGAGGCCAUGGUCAUGAGUGAUUGGUUUGGUGUUUACAGCGUUGACCUAAGCAUCAAGGCCGGUCUCGAUCUGGAGAUGCCUGGCGUCAAUAAAUGGCGUUCACUUGAUCUAGUCAAUCGUUCCAUCGGCUCACGAAAGCUUACCCAACGCGUCAUCAAAGAGCGAGCCAAGAAAGUCCUCGAACUCGUCCAGAAAUGCGCCAUUGGCGCGCCCGACAUUCUUGACGGCGACGGUAUCGAACGGACACUGGAGAGCGACGAAGACAAGGAGUUGAUGCGCAAUGUGGCCGCUCAAUCGAUCGUGCUCUUGAAAAAUGACAAUGGGCUCCUUCCGUUGAAUGCUGCCAAGUUGAAGAAAGUGGCUAUCAUCGGAGGAAACGCGAAAGCAAAGAUCCUGAGUGGGGGUGGUUCUGCGGCAUUACGCUCGUCGUAUUUUGUCUCCCCAUACCAGGGUAUUGUGGACGCCCUUUCUUCGAAUCCGGCCGUGGAGGUUACGUACUCAGAGGGGGCACGCGCGUAUCUAACUUCACCCUCCCUCGACGAUGAUCUAUUCACCGAAGACGGAUUACCGGGUUGGACUGGAUCGUGGCAUGCACAUGAGAAUGACGAUAGCAUGAGUGCACUUCCGGACCCCUUCAAGACCGAGCGUAUGGACGAGACCCGGAUGUUCAUUAGCACCUCGUCUCCCAAAGGCAUCACCAAGCGUUGGACACUCAAGCUCCGCGGGCAUCUUCUUCCGCGCGAGAAAGACACGCCCUUUGAAUUCGGUCUGCUAUCGGCAGGGAGAGCCAAGUUAUUCAUCGACGGCGAUCUUCUGAUAGACAAUUGGACAAGGCAGCGUCGUGGAGAUGCAUUCUUUGGAUGUGGCUCGGAAGAGGAGUAUGGAACUUUCAAUCUCAAAGCGGGCGUCACGCACCAGAUAUUGGUCGAAUUCGUCAAUGUGCGGGGUCCUGCCGACGGAGACGAGGAUGAGCCUGUUAUGGAUAGCAAUCCUGGUGUGCGACUCGGCGGAGCAGAAGUUCGCGACUCAGACGAGCUAUUGUCAGAAGCUGUUGCGUUGGCCAAAGAAGCGGACCUCGUCAUUGCCGUAGUAGGCCUCAACGCAGACUGGGAGACCGAGGGUAAUGACCGGACAACCCUUGCACUGCCAGGAAGGACCGAUGAAUUAAUCGAGAAAGUCGUCGCCGCCAACCCGAACACCGUCGUUGUUACAGAGUCGGGAUCAUCCAUAUUGAUGCCUUGGGUGAACAAGGUCCAAGCGCUCGUGCACUCCUGGUAUCUCGGAAAUGCCACUGGUAGUGCCAUCGCGGACGUUUUGUUCGGCAACGUCAACCCCGGAGGCAAACUUUCCCUCACAUUCCCGAAUGCGGAAGAGCACAUCCCAUCGUUUGGUCAUUUCCAUUCAGAGAACGGCCAGGUGCGGUACGCAGAAGACCUAUUUGUGGGCUAUAAACACUUUCACCAUCGGAACAUCAAGCCUCUCUUUGCUUUCGGGCACGGGCUUUCGUACACCACUUUCGAUCUGUCCGACCUCCAAGUAUCGAAACCCGUUGUGUCGGCAUCGGACGUGGAGCUCACCGUUUCCCUUCAAGUCACGAACACAGGCUCGAUAGCGGGCAGCGAGGUCGCUCAAGUUUACGUCACGUUGCCGAAAACCUCUGUCCUCACACACCCGCCUCUCCAGCUGAAGGGCUUUGCCAAAGUCCGCCUAGAACCCGGGAAGAGCGAAGUUGUCAAUAUCACGCUGGAUAAAUAUGCCGUGUCGUACUGGGAGGAGCGCUUUUCGACCUGGGUUGUCGAGAAGGGCGAAUACGGGUUGCGGGUUGGGCCAAGUAGUGACCAGCUGGCGCUACAGGCAAGUUUCACACUCGACCGCGGGCUCGAGUGGAGAGGCUUGUGA